AUGAGCGAGGCGUCGUCGUCUCCGCGCUCCGUGAGCAGCAGCGCGCCCUCGUCGACAUCAGGACCCCGAAGCAGUGGGCGUCGUGCCAUUCAUACAUUCACUGAAGUGCCGGUGCUGGAUAUACUACAAACGCUUCCAUUGACAGCUGCCGGUCGCCCUGCGCUCUUUGGAAAUGAAGUGGAGAUUUACAGUGAGGAGAAAAUUGGUCUGUACGAUCGCACGUAUAAGACGCCUCAUAUGUACGGCCGCUGCUCCGUCACGACACACCGCCUUUUCUACAUGGACCAAAACAGUUCCCCACCCGUCGCGUUCUUUGUGCCACUAGAGUGGAUCAGUAGGCUGACUAAAGAGGCAGGGUUCCUGCAACGCUCGGCUAAGUUGCGGGUCGACAUCACGACCCGCCCGCCGUCUGCUGCCACUUCGUUCUUGAAAUUGUCGUUCAAAGACAAGGGACGUGACGACUUUUACAACCCACUGGCAGCUUCGCUGAAGCGUAAGGCCUGGAAGGAUACGCAGUCUAGUCAUUUGUCUGACAGACGGCUUAUAAAGAGACAUUUCGACACUGCUGACGCUGGUAUUGCGGGGAUCAUGCGGCGUCAACAAGAGGUGCAGAAAGAAACGACGGAACUCGCUGCUUCGGCGUUCUCCGACUUGACCAAUCUGAUGACCAAAGCAAAGGAUAUGGUCGGGUUGAUCGAAAGGUAUGUGGAUAUGCAGAGAGCGACGGAGUUGGCAGGAGAAGAUACAGCGCUGUCUAGCGAAGACGACAUGAACAAGCUUAGCUCGCUGAUGCUGGAUAUGGGUAUCAUCAGUCCGGUGACGCGCGAAAAUUCUGGCGCUACGUAUUACGAGCAAUUAGCUCGGCAGCUUGCUGAGUACCUUGGCGACCACAUGCCGCAAAAUGGAGGGAUCAUGACGCUUUCGGAUAUCUACUGCAUGUUCAACCGAGCGCGAGGUGUAGAGCUUGUAUCUCCUGAUGAUUUAUACCACGCAGCAUUGCUGCAGAAAAAGUUGGGUCUUGGAUAUAGCAUGCGCAAGUUUCCUAGUGGACUCAUUGUGCUACAAACAGACACGCACAGCGAGGACAAGGUAGCCGAGCGGCUUGCAAAGAUGGCGCAGAAAUCCAGUUCUGGUUACAUCACAUCGACGGACGUGUCGGUGGAGAUGCACACGUCGUUCCCGUUGGCUCGAGAAUAUCUGAAUGUAGCCGAAAAGCUGGGAAAGCUCUGCCGGGACGAAACGUUCGAAGGGACCAAUUUCUAUCCCAAUAUGUUUGAGCAGUUCGUUUUGGCAAGCACUGAGGUAGACUAG